CGGAGAAUAAUAUAUCUAUUCAAGUUAAUCAUCUGCUGAAAGAUAUUGCGUUAAUCUUGAAUAUAUUUAUAUCUAAGUGAGAUACAUGUGUCGCUGUAAAACUCUUAUAUAUUUUCAUGUUGACCUAAAAUGUAUUUUAGGUACGAAUAAAUUCACUUUAGCAAGUUUUGUGAAGUUUUUGAAAGUAUUCAUGAUGAAAUCUUAUACUACUAAAGUGCUCUAGAAUUUCUCAGCAAGAUUAAUGUUUUAUGAUUAGUGAGUACAUAGAGACGGUUUAUUAAAAUUGAAAAUUAAGUGUGUUAUAGAUGUGUGAAUUAAUAAGUAACUAUAUUGAUUUGACUUAUGGAGUUUUAUUUGCGAGUGGAUGCACGAAUGUGGACUGAAUUUAUUGCGACUCCAAGGAGAGGAGUACCUAGUGGCACACUGGCACUGGCACCUGCCCCCUCAAUGCCCUCACAAUAUCUAAAUCACUAAUCAUUUUUCAAACAAAUGUAUUACCGUAUAACAUUUAAAUUUAUUUUACACGUAAAGAGAAUAAACUAAUUCAACUAACCUAAAAUAAUUUCAGUAAAAAAAACUUAGCUUAAAUAACUCUUUUUAUAUUACGGUCUACAAAUUACGAAAAGCGAAUAUGUUUCAAUAAAACAAGUCAAAACGAAGUUUUUUCAGAAAAAAGGAUCAAAAUGAAUUCUUUGUUAUGAUCAUAUUAUUGGUUCAUUUUUUUUUUAGAAUUACCCUGUUGGUAUUAAAACGGAUAACUUCUACGAACAUUUCAAUUGUUUCCUGUGAAAGUAGCGACAGUUUCUAUAACAAAUAAACAAGUACUGCCAAACUGAUGGGGGGGCCAAGCAAGCAGUAGGCUGACACAUCACACAUAUGUACAAGGGGCACUUGUGAAUUUUGAUUGUAAUGCCUUCAAGUUUACGGUUCAAAGUUUUAAGCUCUAUGUCUCUAGCAAAAUGAUUCAAAACAUUUUUGAUGAUAAUUCUACUAAAAUUAAAAAUAAAAAUAAAUCAAGGUUGCUUUAUUAUAUUGAAAUUAGUCUAGAUUACCGCGUUAAGAUCCUAACAAAGCGGCCUCACCAGCCACCACAACAGAUAUAUAUUAGUUUUUUUAACAUUUAGUAUUAGUAGUAAAUCUAUCCAUUAAAAAUUCAAAGAUUCAAACCAGGAUGAGAAUAUCCGUUAGUUUCCUUAUGAAUCCUUCUACUUUUGUAAAUGUACGGCACUACACACAUGACACAUCACUAAUUUAUUGAAAUACCUUUACCAUCAAAAGUUAUUUUGGUUUAGAAUUAUCUUACUCAAUAACUCUACAAUAAAGAUUGUAAUGGUUGGUCCGAUAUUAUCUUGUCAACAUGUCUCCUCUUUUUUUUGUUAAGUAACAUGUCUCCUCUUGUUUUUGUCUCUUCUUGAAAGUGAUUUUAUUGCUUUAUAACUCAAUGUAAACAAAUAAAGAGAAAACAUUUUGUUCCUAGUAAGCAUUUUAAAACCUAGCCGAGUUGUUUGAGAUCCUUUUCGCGGAAAUAAAUAAAGAGUAAUCCAGGAAGAACGGAGAGAACUGAAAAAAACAGCCACCAAGUCCCUCAAACGUGCUACGGAGAUGGGUGACGUCAUCUCACCUCAUCUACGUGACGGCAGCAGAGCUCUGGUAAACCAAUGGAAGGGCAAAUAAGCUAUCACUUUCCCAUUAUAUCCUCGACUCCACUAUACUAUUGAUAAGCCAGUUCACAAACAUUCCUGUUAUACCCUCCACGCAGUUAUAACUCAAACCUAAUCUCUCUCUCUCUCGUCUCUCUUUCUUAAGCAUCUCCCUCUGAUUAUUUUCUCUGUCUUGAUUAGAGAUAAAACAAAAAGAAAACCCCAGAAAAUCUUUCUUCCGUCCACUAUAUUAGACCAUUGUCUCAACUUCAGAUCAUCAUAUCUAAAAACCUAAAAAAAAGACUCACACACCUAUCGUAACAAAAAAUGGAUCCAAAUAGUAACAACACCAAAUCCAUAAAGAGAAAAGUUGUCGACCAACUCGUCCAAGGCUACGAGUUCGCUACUCAGCUUCAGCUUCUCCUCUCUCAUCAACACUCAAGUCAGUACAUCAGUCAGACCCGUAUUGUUUCUGGCGAUCUGGAUCCAGUUGAUGAGCUCAUCGCUAAGAUCUUGAGUUCUUUCCACAAAACCAUAUCGGUUCUUGAUUCUUGUGACUCCGUCCCUAUGGCCGUUAAGGGUUCACCGAAUGCUUCACGUGGUGAUGAUUUGGCGGCUCCUGUGAGUUGCAACGGUGGAGAUUCCGGGGAUAGUAGGAAGAGACUUGGGGUUGGGAAGGGCAAAAGAGGAUGCUACACUAGAAAAAAGAGAUGGCAUACUUGGACUGUGGAAGCUAGUAGAAUCGAUGAAGACAAAUAUGCUUGGAGGAAAUAUGGACAAAAAGAGAUUCUUAAUUCCAAAUUCCCAAGAAGUUACUUUAGAUGCACACACAAGCCAACACGAGGAUGCAAAGCAACAAAGCUAGUUCAAAAACAAGAGCAAGACCCUAGUUUAUUUCAAAUCACAUACAUUGGCCACCACACAUGUAAUGUUAGUGACCAAACACAAGCAAAUACCGAGCCUAAUGAUCACGGAGUAGUAACGGAUUCGGACAACGCAUUGGUUGCAACCGUUGCUCAAGACCAUGUUAAUGCAAAUAUACAAGAGCAAGAGCAAGAGAACGACAUCAGUAGUCUGAUUGUAGUAGGUGCAGGCAUGGUGAAGGAGGAGGACAAUAACAAUGGUGAUCAGAAUAAGAACUAUUGUGAGGGUUCUUCCGUAGAUGGCGAUUUAUCAUUGGCGUGGCAAGACGUGAUGAUGAUGUUUGAUGAUCAUCAACAUCAUCAGAAUCACUACUAUCAAGGUGAAACUAGUACUGCUUCUCAUCAGUUCUCUUUCAUUGACAACGAUCAACUCUUCUCCUUAUUCGAUCCAUACUGCCCUUACGAAGGAACAAAUGCCAUAUGAACAUUCAAAUCCGAAUUGAUAUAUCGUAAUUAGGCUAAUAAUCUUUUCUCAUCCUCUCUCUUUGAGUAUGUUUAGUGAAAUGUAAUAUUUUUGUUGUAUUUUUGAUAAAGUACCAUAUGGCAUAUUUAAUUAUUUUUCUACAUUUCUCAUGUUUCAUUUUUUUUAAAUGGGCACUAGAUGUUUUGUACGUGGCUGUAUCAGUCUGAUUCUUGACUAAAUAUGUUUUUUUCUCACAA